AUGGAAGUCAACCCCUUGAACAUAUUUUUUGUGAAGUCGGACAGUAAAGGUGACAGACUAUUGUUUAGAUACCCUUACACGUCGGAAAAUAAAGAUGAAAACAAACAGAAGAAGUGCGGCCGUCACAAUCCGUACGCAAUUAACUCUACCGAAGAUUUGUUGCAAAAUCCACAGUCGCAAACCUCGAAUAUAUGCAAAGGUCAGCUAAGUGGUUUCACAGAUGAAAUGCUUUCAACUUUGUUUGCUGUAAAAGCUGAAUUAUGCAAUAGAAAGUUUGAGCUUAAAGUAAAUGAUGUGAGGUUUGUGGGCCACCCAACACUUCUGCCUUAUAGAACAAACAAAGAUGAUACAGCAGCUAUGAUACUUAUAAACAUUGUUUUUGCAUUGCAAGCAUCGGCAAGUCAUUCAAUUGUUAAGUGCUAUUAUGAUUUGAGCAAAAGAUUGGGUAAAGCCUUGAGACAUGAAGAAAAACGGUGUUCAUAUUUGACUGAAGAAAUGAAAAUAAUGUUAGCUGCACAUGAUGAGGUUUCAGCACUUGAUAGUGAAAUGAAUUCAGGGGAAAAUGAUGAAGAAGAGGAAAACUUACGCCACUCUGUGAGUUCAACAACUUAUGGUACCGAAAUUUGUGAAAAUGGUGCAACUCCUAAAUCAGCUUUUCACCUAAUACUACAGAGGAGCUCACUGGCGAGAUCCAUGAAAGCUGUGUUUGAAGGUCUCAGUUCCACAGGAAUUGUACAAGUUAGAAUAAAUAAAUGGGUGCUCCUAUCCUUUUGCUUACCUCACAAAGCUCAUCAAAUUCAUAACAGAGGUUUAAUAAUUGAGCCAGAAACCAUUGACAAAUGCCUGCAGAAACUCAGACCCUAUCAUGGAAUGCUCCUGUUGGUUGAUCCAAAUUAUCUACUAGCAUCAAUUCCUCUUGAUGGAAGUCCAGCCUUAUUAAGAUUGAUCAAGCUUUACAGCCCACUCAAAAGCCUUCAGACGCUUGCUAUUGAAGCAGACCUAUCUUUUACACAGGUAUCACAACUAACUGGACAUCUCGUGUAUUGGGCAAAGGCGACUGUCAUCUAUCCGCUUUGUGAGGGCAAUGUCUAUGUAGUAGCCCCUGGGGCUAAUGUUCAUAUACACUCUCCUUUGUUAGAAGAGUUCGCGAAGGAAUUCCCAGGGCUUUGUUUGUUGCAAAUGCUCAGUGAAUUCUCUCUCCCAGCUCCACUGUGGUACGUUGCGCGAGGAGUGGGUGGAGCGGGAGGGGGUUGUGGAGGGGGUGCGAGACUAGCGAGAGUCGUAGCUUGGCUCUUACGUCGUAGACUUUUGCUACAGCUACACACAUAUGUGCAAUUCAAUUCACCGCAUUGGGGACGGGAUCCUGACUGCAAAGAGUACUACUGCGAGAAACACGAUAAUUACAACCAAUCGUGCAACGUCUCUUUCUCCUCACUGAAUCAAUUGCACCUCAAUGUUCCGGAACCAGUUGAGCCAAGGGAAAGCACUAACUUCUUCCCAGAUUCCGACGAGGACUAUCCUACUGAAAACAAUUUGAAUCAGACUGAUUUUUCACAUACACAACCAAUUGUGAUUGAGUCCGAUCACCCUAAGUACGAAAAAUUCCACGAAGUAGACUCCGCUAAUCAUUCGUUUGACGAUGGAGUAGACGAAGUUGAUGGUUUGAGCAAACCUAAUGGCAUUGAGAGCAAUGAUUACGAUAAAAGUGAUCAAAAAAAGCAAGGUAAUUCUGUUGACAGUGGCAUAUCAAAUAAUAUAAAUGGUGCUAAUAAUAAUGUAGUCGAUGACAAAAGCAAAUUACAUGUCAAUGGGCAUAUAGUUAAUGGAGAAAAGGAAAGGGUUGAAACAGCAAUAAGCACGCUAACAUCUCGAUUAUCAGACACAUCGCUAAAAGACAUUGAUGUAUCAAAUAAUGAUGAAGACACACUCGACGGUGAAGAUGUAUCGCCGCGACAGAAGAACAGUAAUGGGCUAGUCAACGGUACAGAGAAAAAGAACGGAGUAUCGCUAAAUCUAAAGUUACAAAGUGAAAUGUGUUUCCAGGCGGCGACGGUGUGCGUGGCGGCGAACGGUGCGGGUGCGGGCGCGGCAGCGCGCGCGUCGCCGCUGCUCGCGUUCUCGGCCGCCGAGCGCGCCGCGCUGGCCGCGCUGCCCGCCGCCGCGCACCCCGACGACCUGCUGCUGCUGGCGCGCCUGCACAACAAGGGAUACUUCCGCGGAGAGCAGCACUUAGAAGAAAUAAUGUUCAUGGAGAAUGUAACCCGAUCACAACUAAUGCAGCUUCUGGACAAGUUUAAAGAUAUCCUAAUCACAUUCGAAACAGAAGAUCCAGCUGUUGCCAUGUUAUAUCCGUAUCAGUAA